AUGAGGCGAGGCAGAGGGCCGGCGGCGACAAGGCAAAUGGCGGCAAACGGCGGAGAGGCUAAUGGAUCUGGAGAACCUAAGGAGAUCAGAUUCCGGGGAGUGAGAAAGAGACCAUGGGGAAAAUUUGCUGCAGAGAUCAGAAACCCUUGGAAGAAGACUCGGGUGUGGCUAGGUACGUUUGAUUCUGCUGAGGACGCGGCCAGGGCCUACGACGCUGCUGCUCGAUCUCUCCGGGGCCCCAAGGCUAAGACGAACUUUCCGUUAUCCAACGCCCAGAACGGCGUCUUCCAUGAAUUCAACCCUCAAAAUUUUAAUAAUCAACAGAUCAAUAAUCAGCCUAACGAUCCGUUCAUGGUGGAUCCUCGAUUUUACCCUCAAGACCGUCAGAUAGUUGGCCCGCAGAGGCCCACCUCCAGUGGCAUGAGCAGCACCGUCGAGUCGUUUAGUGGACACAGGCAGCUGGGGCCGCCGCAACUCAUUCAGCCGCAAAGGAGAUAUCCCAGGUCGCCACCGAUGUCUCCUGAAGACUGUCACAGCGACUGUGAUUCCUCCUCCUCCGUUGUGGACGAUGGUGAAUGCGACAUAGCCUCCUCCUCUUGUAAAAAGCCUCUCUCUUUCGACCUCAACUUCCCGCCGCCAAUGGACGCUGAUGGUGUAGACCCUGACGUGUGCGACCUAGCUUACACGGCCCUCCGGCUUUGA